CGACUUGAGUACUAUAUAAGUGUGGUGAGAUUUGCAAACUAACACACGGUACAUUUGAGUUACUACUCUUGGUAAUUUUAUCGUAUAGCUUUCCGAUGGCUUUGCUCAGUUUUAUGCGAGCUACGGUGCUGUUUCUUGGGAUCUUAUUGCCUGUUUUCAUGACUACAGGGGCGCAACCCAUAGGCGUUUGUAAUGGGAGAAACGGACUCAAUCUGCCAUCCGAAGAGGACACAGUGAGAUUGUACAAAGACAACGGAAUUGAAAGAAUGAGGCUCUACGAUCCACUUCACGCCACACUUGACGCUCUUAGAGGGUCCAACAUAGAGCUCAUUCUUGACGUCCCAAACACGAAACUUGAAUCCCUUCAAAACCCUGAUGCUGCAAAGGCAUGGGUUCAAGACAAUAUUUUAAAUUACCAAGACGUCAAAUUUCGUUACAUAGCUGUUGGAAAUGAAGUUGAUCCUGACAACGAUAGCUCCCAGUACCUUAACUUUGUUCUUCCCGCCAUGAGAAAUGUGCAUGAUGCAAUUGUAGCCGGAGGGUUACAAGAUCAAAUCAAGGUUUCGACCGCCACAUAUUCUGGUCUCAUUGGUCCAAAUUCGUCCCCUCCGUCACAGGGUGCAUUCAAAGGCAGCGCACAAGGGUUCAUGAGGCCAAUUAUUCAGUUUUUAGCCGAUAACAAUUCGCCAUUACUAGCAAACAUUUAUCCAUUCAUCAGCUACCGCGAUAAUGCUCAGGAAAAUCUUCAAUACGCUUUAAUUGCACCAACGAAUGUGGUUGUAUCAGAUGAAGGGGGUCGUCAGUACAAGAACCUCUUCGACGCGUUGUUGGACGUUGUGUACUCGGCUGUGGAGAAAUUGGGUGGUUCGAACAUCAAACUAGUAGUAUCGGAGAGUGGAUGGCCUUCGGAAGGCGAUAGAGGCGCAAGUGUAGAGAAUGCACAGACUUACUACAAGAAUUUGAUUGAUCAUGUUAAAGGAGGGACACCGAAGAAACCAGGGAAUAUCGAAACCUUCUUGUUUGCGAUGUUUGAUGAGAACAACAAAAAUGGGGCAGAGAGCGAGAAGCAUUUCGGGCUUUUCAACCCCGAUACAAGGCAGCCUAAAUAUCAGCUGAAUUUCAGCUAAACUUUUAUUAAGUCCUAUAUUUUUACAGAUUAAUCGCCGAAUAAAGUCAAUUUGAAGAAAGAGUUCCUGAGUGUGGGAUUAAUAAUUAGUUUGCGCUUCACCGUAAACUGUUGUAUUAGUCAUAUCUCAUAUGUACGCUCUGGCGAGAAUAAAAAUAAUAAAUUAUUCGUAAGGGUUUUUCUUUUUCCAA